AAUUAAUGAAAAAUAAUGAAAAGAGAGAUAAUAAUUCUAGAGAUUUGGCUAUAGCUUAUACAAUUGCAGGAAUAAUUUAUGGCAUAGUUGGAAUAUUUGGUUCAAUUGGAAUUCUGGUAAUAACUUAAAUUAAUUUAGGGAAUUGAAAAUGUUCAUGAUGCUUAAACGAUACUUAAUUGUUUUAAGAAAUCAGAUAUAGAGAUUAUUAUAAUAGAGAGUUUAUUUUUAGUACAUUUGGUUACAGCAUUUCCAAUAUUUAAUAAUAUUAGCAAAUAUUAGAUAUUAGAAGUACUUUAUAAUAAAAAGGAACCAUCUAAAAUGGUAUAUUGGGGAUUCAGCAUUUUGUUUAUGGUUUUAUGUUUAACAAUCUAAAUUUUGAAUAUUCCAGUUGGAGUUGUAAUUUCUUUUGAUGGAGCAGUUUGUGGGUUCUUAUUAGUAUACAUAGUUCCAAUCAGUUUGCAUUUGAAAUGUUAUUACACUUAGAAUAAAGUCACUUUGAUAGGGGAUGAAGAUGAUUAAUUUAAUACUCAAUAAAAUUGUGUGAAUCAUAAGGAUAAGAAUUCGAUUCCUAUGUUUGCUAGGAUUGCAUUCUACACUUUGAUGAUGGGAAUUGGAAUAUACAAUUUAUUUGUAUAAUUUUAUGAUAUAUUUAAAUCCUGA